AUGUUUCCAAACCCUUAUCCAAACACUCAAUAUGAGAAAAUUUCUCAACUAAAAGACGGUUCAAUUUUGAUAUUAGCUAAAGAUCAAACCACAGCCGACAAAUUCAUUCAAUCGAAAGCUCUGGACAACAUAUGCCCGGUUGAUAUUAAACUCCACGCAAACCUUAACCUCUCGAAGGGCAUAGUAUUUGCGCCUUGCUUGGUUAAUGUGCCCGAAACAGAAAUUAUAACUGAACUUAGGAGUCAAAAUGUAACUAACGUGUACAAAUUCACAAAACUUGUGCAAGAAAAAGAAAAACAGAUUUAUAUUCCUUCUGGUCUCAUGAUCUUCACGUUCGACUCGUUUCAAAUCCCCGAAACAAUUGAAAUUGGCUGGUAUAAGACAAAAGUUUCCGAAUAUGUUCCCAAUCCGAUGCGUUGUCGCCAAUGUCAGUUACUCGGUCAUACAAUUAAAUGGUGUAAGCGUGCUGCAUCAUGUGUAACAUGCAACCUCCCACCUCACGAUGAUAACAACUGUAUUCGCACUUUGUGUGCCAAUUGUUCCGGGCCUCAACCCGCCUCCGCUAAGGACUGCCCAAAUGAAACUCCUCAAAAGAACUCCGAAACAAACUCUGAUAACGAACAAAUUCAUACUCUUAACAACUACUCAAGAGCACAAACAAAAUCAAACAACGGUAAAACUAAUAUUAAUGAAAACACUCAAACAACAGCUUCUUCUAGUUCAAACAGUAUUAACCAAAUUACUUCUCUUACAAACUUUUCUCCAUUAUCGCACACAAAUUUCUCUUUGAAUAUAGAUGAUAAAAAUGACACAUCUCAAUAG